AUGUUUCGUUGGUUGUUGAGUUUUCCAAAGGUCAUGAGGUUAGAGAAUAUUGGUAUCUUUCCAAGUUGUCGCAUUGUCAGUACCAACUCUAUAUAUGAAGUCAGGAAAAAUGCUGCAUCAUCCAAGCGUGAUUCGAUUACUGAUGGCUCAACGUAUGCUAAAGUUGCCACGAUGCUGAUUGCAGCCAUCAUUGGUCUUCGGCUUAUUACUUCUAUAUCUGAUGGAAAAAACUACGAAAGUUUUGGUGAUGCUUUCAAAUCGCACGCUUUUGCCUGGCCUCAACAUUACAACAUAUUUUUAUCUCAAGACAAAUUAGAUGUCAACGAUGAAGAUGAUGAAAUUUCGACAAGUGACAUCUAA